GUGGGCCUGCGGUAUGCGAUGACGACAUUUUUGCUCGAGAGGAAGUUUGUGUGUGUGUCAUGGUGUGUGAGCAUGUCUGUCGACUUUUGUUUAUAAAGUUUUAAUCGCGAACAUUUGUUGCGCUACAGGACAUGUUAGUGUUGUAGUCUGCUCAAUGAACGAGCAAUGUCCAAACCGCUGAAGAAUUUGCAUCAUCACCAAAACGGCAGUUUUCUAGAAGUAAAAAGCAAGUUUGAUGCAGAAUUUCGUCGAUUUUCGCUGGACAAGUCGGAGCUGUCUCGAUACGACGAGUUCUGUCGCCUCAUAGAACGGUUUCACAACAUCUCUGAAGUGCCGUUCAGCCUCUGCUACACUGACCCUAUCCAUGGCGACCUCCUGCCCAUCAACAAUGAUGAGAAUUUUGCACGGGCUGUCCAGUCUGCUAGGCCAUUGCUGCGGUUACUCAUCCAGCGAAAAGGGGACAGCCGUGAGGAGCUGAAUGGUUUUGGGGGCCCAGGAGCUAGCCGCAAAAAGCGUUUCCUUGGCCAGUACCUCUUGCCAGCUGGCGUGCGAACAGCUCGGCCUGCCCUUUCCAUUUCAUUACCUGAAGAUUUCCGCCAGGUGUCAUCUAUUAUCGACGUAGAUGUGGUGCCUGACACCUGUCGACGAGUGCGCUUAGUGAAGCAUGGUUCUGACAAGCCUUUGGGGUUCUACAUUCGGGAUGGCACCAGUGUGCGUGUCACACCACAUGGUCUGGAUAGAUUGCCAGGGAUCUUCAUUUCGCGCUUGGUGCCUGGAGGUCUUGCCGAAGGCACAGGUCUCCUGGCUGUCAACGAUGAAGUAUUGGAAGUUAACGGCAUUGAAGUUGGUGGCAAGACAUUAGAUCAGGUGACCGACAUGAUGGUGGCCAAUUCGUCCAACUUGAUCAUCACAAUCCGUCCAGCCAACCAGUGCAGUGUCGGCACACUGCCUCGAAGGGGCUCCUUUGGCCGCUCUUCGCAGAUGUCGCAUGGCUCCCACAAUUCCAACCCAUCUGUAGUCUCAGAUGAUGACCGCUUGGAUGAAGAUGAAAUCAGAGACCAUACAGCUGGAUUUGAGGGCCUUGACGAAACACCUCCUCGUAGCACCCAUGACGGCGUGAUCACUCUUUGACGUGUGCCUAGGCACAGACCCAUUUUCAGGGACUCUUCCUUUAUCUCUCUGUCCUAUUCAGCCACUGUGGUAAGGGGCUCUCCCUGAUGCCACGGACAGAGCCCCUUCCCCGUCUGUUUUAGUUGGAGGGCAUUGGCUGUGAGGCAAGUGUUUCAGCCAGCCCAGAGGGUCAGCCCAUGUACAGGCUCGCUUGCCCAAGCCUUCCCAAGAAGCCAUGAGCAGCACCAGGAUUCCUGCGUCCUUUCGGAGGCAGCUGCAUCAGGCAGCUGUUAUUAAGGCUUUUUCUGUUUUAGGGAAAGACACUAUACAAAUGCAUACCAUAUAUAUAUAUUUUUAUACAUUAGACAGGCCCAUAAAGGGACGUGUUGUGCAUGUGUGGCAUUGCAGUAUUUUUUUCCCUGCAGUGUGUAUGAAGCCUUUUUUUUUUUUUAAACAAUGCUGACUGUUACUCAUUUUCAUAAAUGAUUUUGUGCAUAGGUUACACCAUUUUGACAGCCUCUUGCUGCACUGACCUUUUUAUAUGUUGUUAUUGACGUUGCCUCUUCGAGUUCCAUAGGUGCGAGUGACGUGUGCAUUCUUGAUUUUUUUCACGUGAUGAAUCUUGCACAUCUUGUGCUUGCGUGACACUUUUUUUUAUUAUUAUUAUUUUACUUUAUUUUGAAAUGGACUUUACAUGCUUCCUGUGGCACGCUUUUUCUCAGAGCUCAAGUGCCUUGUAAAGAAAACUGUGCAUCCAGAAUUCUUCCACAAACAUUGACUCUGAAGGCAGGCCUUCAUGAAUGUGAUUGCAUGGUUUUCAUGGCAAACUCUGCAUUCCAGGACUUGCACCAAACAUUCCUUUUUUAGUUAGUGACUGUAAAGUUGAAUUGCAGGUAAUAAAACUUUGCUACAAGA